AUGACUGAAGCUGAAAAAAUAAAAGAAGUAGAGAAGCCAGAUUUUGAUGCCUAUAACGAAAAAUUAGCGAGUAUAUCUGAAUCAAUCGAUGAAAUUAAAAAAAAAAUUGAUAAUUUGCAAAAGGAAAUUAAAGUAGCUAGUAAGGCAAAAGAAGAAUAUAAUAAAAAAAAAAAAGAUAUUGUAACUAAAAUAGACUCUUUUCAAAAUGAGAUAGACAAAUUAGAGAAUGAACGCAGAAGCAUUUUAGAUGAUAUUGAGAAAAAGCAAAAACAUAAAAAGGAGUUAAAAUUUAAUGCACAAAAUAUAAAAAAACAAAUAGGAUUUGAAAAUGAAGAAGAUAUAGAGAAAAAAAUAAAAGAAAUAGAAAAUAAAUUGAUGACUUCAACUAUUUCAAUUAAAGAAGAAAAAUUAUUAAUUAAUCAAAUCCAAGCAUUAAAUAAAAACAAGCCCCUUUUGUCAUCAUAUAGUAAAAUAGAGAAUGAAGCUAACAAAUAUGACGAUGAAGCUAUUUUACCAUUAAAGAGUAGGAUGGAUUCCAUUAGGGAACAGAUAAAUAAAUUAAGAAAUGAAAAAAAAUUGGAACGUAAUAAAUUAAAAGAAUUACAAAAUAGUUUUCAAGAAAAAAAUAAUAAAUUAAAUGAACUUAAUAGUUUACGAGAUAAUUACUCAAAAAAAAUGAAUAAUUAUUUUAUGGAAAGGAGGAAUAUUACUGUAGAAAUGGAGAAAAAAAGACAACAAUAUAGAAAUUAUAAAUUAAAUUUAUUACAAGCCAAACAACAAAAACUUAAAGAAGAAAGAGAAAGAAAAAAUUUAGAAUUAGAAAAACAAUCAUUAGAGAAGGAAAUGGAAGAUAUUGAUUUAUUACCAUAUAGAGAAGAAUUAGCAUUAAUUGAAAAUAUGCUAGUAUACUUAAAAAAAAUUCAAGAAGAAGUGAAAAUUGAAGAAUCAAAAAAACAGAAUAACUCUAUUAAAAAAGUCAAUGGGGAAAUUGAAUCAGUAGAUAAUAAAGAAGAGAGCAAUGCAAACUCUAAAGGAAAAAAUGAAAACAAAAAAACAAAAAACAAAAAGGAAAAACAAAAAUUAUUUAAAUUAGAUAUGAACAUUCUUUGUUAUUUUGUAACUGCUGGUAUAAAUCCACCUGUCAGUUUUGAAGAAGUUGAUUCAUGCAUUGAAAAAUUAAAUGAAAAAAAAGAAAUGUAUGAAAAAAAAAGAGAUGAAAGUGUAAAAAAUGUUGAAUCUAGAAGAGCGGAUUUAUCAAAUAAAAUAAAAGAAAUUGAUGAAAAAUUAUCUUUAUAUAAGCCACAAGAGCAACCCAAAGGUAGCAAGACAAGUAAAAUUAAGGCUUGA